CUGCAAGAUUUGAGUAUAUUUGAACGGAGACUUGUAUGAAGUUAUAGUGUUUUAAUCUUCUGAAAAAAUUCACCAGGGUAGCACAGAGAGGUAACAUGCAAAAUGUUGUUUUCAAUUUCAUCUCUGAUCUUCCUCGUUUACUGUACUUACUUCAGUCAAGAAAGAGAGAUAAGGCUACAGCAUGGAGUAAUUGAGCAUGGUAGGUCACCAACUUAGCUGACAAACUAUAAACUUAUUGUGGUGCCUUCUCGUAGCAUUUUGCCAUGGUCCUUUUCGUGUGGAUGCAUUGGAGGUGAGCCAAAGGCCUCAAACUCAAAAAAGAAUUUCAGAGAAGAAUAUGUCACAUAAAAACUGGUAAUUGAUAGGAGCAGAUUGAGAUUUUAUAGUCUUUCUUUAUUGUUAAUCCGUUCUGCCCCAAAACGUAUUCAUGAACUUCAGACAGGUUAGUUGUGAAGCUUACGUUUCUGAAAUACAGAUUUUUAUCGUGAAACUAAAUUAGUUACUUGUUAAGAGAUAAGAGCCCGAGGUUGGCGAGGUCGAAUGAGUCCAAAUUAUCGUUUAACAGACCAAUGAGGUUUUGUUUUCAUCAUCUGGAGCUUAUAGUAGACUCGAAAAAAAUAAAGGCGUCUUCCGUUUUUUCACUCCUCGCCUCUCGUCCGACUCGUACCACGAACAAGCAAAAGCUUUGUUCAUUUUUUAACCUAAGUAAGAAGAGAAAAAGACAAUGGCCAAAUUUAUCCAAACAAAUGUAUCUCCUCUUUUGUUAUCCCGACGAGGAUGUGAAAAAAUUUUUCAAUGGUCGAUUGCUGACACAAACUAAACGGGGGUUUCGUUUGCUCUGCUUUAUUUAAGGAGUGUCAGGAAAGAACAAUUGAUUCAUGUAAAUAUCUUAUUCAAACACUAACAUUCACACAGAAAACGUGUCAAUAUUAUUUCGUGAGGUAUUCAUUAUUGUUUCUUUAUUCGGCAGAGUUAAAGACCUCCGAUGAUGAAAACAACCUAAGGACCAAGAGAGCAGGUCUGCACGUAUAACUGAACGCCAGUCUAAAUUCUGUUUUGCUUCUCUUAGACUGGAAGAAUAUUAUUAAUAUGUGUACAAGAAACACAUUUGCUCAGAGUAGGAGCCGUCAGCGAUCGAUUUGAAUACGUGUUAAAUAAAACAGGCUUAAAAAGAUAAAUCGCUACAUGCAGGAUACACAGCGAAAUAACAUAUUUCCCAGAUGAAAGCUAGAUGCAAACGAUGGUAUAAGUUAAGUAUUUAUUAACAAUAAAGGAUUACAUCCUGCGCAUGCGCGCAACAUAAUCGCGUACUCUCACACAGCGACUUACUCAGUUUGAUUUAGGUUCUUAAUGCUCAUUUCUGCGCCCGGCAACAAACACGGAAAACUGGUAUCUAACAGUCUAAACUGAUAUCUAGACUGUGUACAGCCGGCACCUACCCUCCCAAAGGGGCAACGAAAACCAAAAAGGAACUUUGUUGUCCAAAAUGCUCACGCUUUGUCGUGAACAGUAACUGCAAGAUUUUCUCGGGUGAAAAGAAGUAAUUAUCUUGAUUUUCCUUGUUUCUUCACAGCUUGCAAAGAUUUGAUAAACUAUUGUCACGUCUACAAGCCUUACUGUAAACACGAAGACUAUUCAGACUUCGUGAAAGUCAGUUGUAAGAAGACCUGUGACCUCUGUCCGAAAGGUAAUUUUUGAUCAUUCAAGGGCUUUAAACGCCUGGCGUCCUUAAAAUCUACUUGAAUUAUAUGUCUUUGUUUAAGUUACUCCUUCCCAGAGUCACCAGAAAUAGUGGACAGAGCUCCUGUUUAAAGGCGUAUCAUCGAAAAUUCCCGGGAAAGAAGGAAAAUAAAAGAUACCCUAAGAAAAAUUCAAAACUUAGGAGGUGUAUGAAAUAGCAAACGUGUAUCUGGUAAGGUGACAGAACAUAUCGUAGAAAGAAUAGCUCAACAGAGUAAGAAUUCUACAGAAGUUAUUUCUUGAAGGGUGCUCAUGAUCACUGUUCUUACGAAGGGAAUCGGGAAGUCUUUUCACAAGUCACCACCAAAUAAAAUAUUCACCUGUGGUAAUUGCAAGAGCCUUCCAGUUACAUACGUUGUUCUUCAAAGGCUUUCUACAGUAUCAUUUUCUAGUCAUCUCAGCUCUAAGUCAGGUCUUCAAGGGUAUCCAUGCAAACUUUUCAGAUUAUUAAGCGUCCCCUACCAAAUGAUCCGCCACUCAAAUUGUCCUCAUUGCCAAGCUGUCUCUAUCAAAUGGCAUGCAUCCUCCCGACAGUUUCAAGCGGCACAUUUUCAUAACUUUUCCUUUAAAACUGUCCCUAAAUGCCUCAUGGUCUCCAAAAAUUGGUAACUUCCAACAGUUCCAAGCACGACAUCUUCAUUAUUUUCCCUUUAUAAGUUGUUUAUUCUAGAGUGUACCUCCGUCUGAGAUUGUCCAUAGGGUAAUACUCCCCUGACAGUUUACUCCUUUCAAGUUGCUCCUCACCAGUUCGAAUUCAUAUCGUCCCGUUACUUUCAAAUUUAUUUUAGGUUACCCAGUCGUUUCGUACCCAGUCGUUUCGUACCCAGUCGUUUCGCACCAAGCUAGGACCAUUCGUACCCAGUCCGUUGAGUCGUUUUGUACCGUACGAAACGACUCAACUGACAUAUCAAUAAAGUAUGUUUUCCGUGUAAAGUAUGUUUAAAAUAAGGCCAGUUUCUUAUCUUAAAUAUCAUUAUCGCCUGCGUUAAAUAAGUUCUAAUUACGUAACGUCCAUAUUUGAUACUCAACCACCAAAUGUAAGGCCUGGAACCGAAAAAGCACAUUUACCUUGCGCUAGGCAACAAUUCAGUUGUUUCUGUUUAGAUGGUCACAAGUAUACCCAACAGAAUUUCCCUUGCAUCUCUAUCACUUGACUGUACUAAAUUGUCGUAUACAACGAUCAACAUCUGCUCACGCGCUCGCGCGUAAGGUAUUUCAAUAAAAGUAUAUUAAGACAGGUACGAACCUGUCAGCGGUUUGAGAACGAACCGACUCAAACUGGAUAAAGGGGGGUAAGUUUCUAAAGAAACUGCGGUGUUGCGUCGGUGGGAGAGUAUAACAGGUAAUUUAGUGUUAACAACUGAUUUGGAAACGUAAAUUAGCCGCCGUAAAGGGUAAAAAAGGUGACUUUUAGAGCGUUGACCCGUCCUCAGAGUCCUGACGAAGGGCCAACGCUCGAAACGUCAGCGUUUUUACCCUUAACGGUGGCUAAUUUACGACUCAAACUGGGUACGAAUCGACUGACUUCGAGUACAAAAUGACAGUGAGUACGAAGCGACUGCAUACUUUUGAGAACUCAUCGUUGUUUUUUCUUCACAGCAUGCUUCGACCGUGUCUCCUACUGCCACGUAAUCAAGAAUCGAUGUAACGACCCUGUUAUUGGAAGCUCAGUGAGGCGCUUCUGUGCAAGAACCUGUGUGGUGUGCGUAGGUAUGAACGGCAAUUUAUAGACCACUUCGAGUUAUUGAACAAACAAACAAACAAACAAGCACAUAAAUGAACAAACUGGGUAUUAGCCAGGUUACUUUUGAACUCUAGACCCAAAGCAAGCAAAUAGUUCACGUUAUUGUGGGUACUGCGUAUAAUAAGCUUACUGGAUAAACAGAGAGGCUCAAUGAUAAAGAGGUCUCUUCAAGCUACAGUUAAAUGACCGGGUGAACUCUCAGCUGUUGACCAAAUGGUGAAGAAUACUGAAAGGCUCUCAUGGCUGCUUUAGCCCAAUACUUUAGAGUGAGUUUAAAGUACUCAGUUAACGGUAACUGCUGGGAUUUUGCACGUUAGCACUGAGGAUUAAGUGAAUCCUUGCGGAAGCAAAUCCUUAUUUAUUUUUUUUCUGACAUUAAGCAAUAACUGCGCGAUAGAUUUUGUGUCACCAUCUUUAUAUGGCGUGACGUUUCUUGGUGACCAGUAUCACAUAAAAAAGCUCUCCUGCUCAGCACCUUACCAUGAAAAGAUUCCCAGGUUCAAUAUAUUUAUUUUUCAUUCGUUUUCUUCAAUUUCUAGUCACACCACCAACUAUACCACCGACAACAAUUCCUCGUACAGAGCAGCCUAUUGACCAGGGUAAGAUGACAGUUCAAAUGUCACAACAGCCAACAGUUUCAUGUGUUCCCCAGUCAACCCCGUGAUCGAUCUUUAGUUACCGGAAUGAUUUGAUUUAACACCCGGGGCGCUUAAUUCCCUGUGGUACCUCUAGGGAGGAUACUUAUUCGAAACAGGGCGCCUAUUAGGGAUAGGGUGCCCUUCUUUAAUUUUUUGGUUUUAUUUUUUUUUUUUUUUUUUUUUUGAGGAACAGCAAAAUGUGGAAAACAAAGCCUUGAUGUUUAUUUGAAAAGGAAUAAUAACAGGAGCGGCAAGACCACUGUUUUGGCAAUGAGGCCUUAAGAGAGCAAUUAAAGGAGGGUGAACCACGCUUGAUCUCAAUGCAGACGUACUUUAACAGUGCUAUCACUGAAAGAGAAUAAGGUUGCUUAUUAGGAUGGGGGCGCUUGAUAAAAAUAAAAACCUUAAAGGGAGGGCGCUUAUUGGAACGAGGGCGACCAACUCCUUAGGAUUUACGAUCCUGUCACAGAAUGUUUAGCAGAUGGCUGGGGAUCGAAUCUCAACCACUGGGAAGUCAAAUUUCUCUACAUUCCACCAUCUUGACACGCGAUGUUAAGUUCUCUCUCUGGUCCUUUUCAGUUUCACGGGAAACAAACGAACUCUUCCUCAGAUGAUCUCUAGGCGAGAAAAUAAACAUUACACUUUUCCCUUACCUAGGAAGCGUGGAAUGUGGCAGGAAAGCGGUCGGUAGCAGAAUUGUGGGCGGCACAAACGCAAGGCCUGGGGCUUGGCCAUGGCAGGUGACGAUGGACUACAAGGGACAUCCUGGCCCUCACUGGUGUGGUGGCUCAAUAGUGACCCCGCAUUGGAUAGUUACCGCUGCUCAUUGCUUUGGUAAUGGCGAUGACCCAAGGAAGUACAGCAUUGUUGCAGGUAGAGGAGAUUUGUUUUCAUUUUCAUUUUGUGGGGUUAGGACACUGGAUUUGCUGUCUAACAGUGUUUCUACCCAAACAGCACCAAUGACUGGGUUCUAGCGAGCUGUUAGCAAUAGUUGGUGACCUUUGUUGGAUCAUUAUCUCGUACAAUUAGUUCUGAUCAAUCCUGUCUGUGGGAAAAGGGGAAAUGAUCCUAGACUAUGAGCAUUCCCCCCUUUUCGGCGAAGUCUGCCGCGCGAAUAAAAAAAAAUCAGUUUGAGCGCCCUGCAGAACUCUCUUAGAGCGCCUCACUUCCAGAUAUCGUCGCGACGCGCUGACAUCAAUUUUUUUCACUGAUCUUUUUCUUUUCAAUUGGCGCGACGGACCACCCCGAAAAGAAGAGACAACUAAAAGGAUCCAGAAGUUACUUCCAUUUAUUUUUUUGCAGUGCAAUUCUUUUCUAUCAUUAUCUCAGGAUUAAUGUCAGUAUCAGAGCAUUUGCGCACCAACCCCUCCCCUAGCCCAACAUUAACGCCAAGUUGCUAUCAGUUGACUGUUUUUGGGUAAAGGGGAGGGGUAGGUUCGCAGUUGCCCAGAUACUGACAUUAAUUCUAAUCUUUAAGGUGAACAUGACCUUAACGCAGUGGACGGAUUUGAACAAAAUACGACAAUUGAGGAGAUCAUCACACAUCCCAAAUAUAACAGGAUUGCAAAUCAUGACUACGAUGUGGCACUAGUCAAACUGAAGAACCCCAUUAAGUACAACAAUCACGUGAGGCCUGUGUGCUUAGCUAAAUCGGACUUCGAUGCUGGAACGAAUUGUUAUGUAACUGGGUGGGGCUACACCUCUGAGGAUGGAAAUAUUGCGCAGGUUUGUGAUAAACAGACUAGUCCAUCCAGCGUAAUAACAUGCCGAUGUUACGAUGAAUAACUUGUGAACAUAUCUCAGUCGUUUAGUAGAAAGAUGUGCAAGGCGAAUUCCAGGCUGAAUAACAACAAAAUUGGCUGAAAAUCGUUCGGACAAAAAUUUUAGAUGAGGGCUUUCUGUGACAAAGUCGAAUUCAGAACAACUAUGUAAUCAAUUAACUAUCAUACUUUCAACAUUUGUGUUACUCACCAUUUCCAGAUUUUGCAGCAAGCGAAAGUUCCUCUCGUGUCUCGUGAAACCUGUCAAGAAGGGUACGACGACUUGGGAUACAAAAUAUCAACCCGCAUGCGUUGUGCAGGCUACAGUGAGGGAAAAAUUGACGCAUGCCAAGGAGAUAGUGGAGGGCCGCUAGUGUGCGUGAGGAACGACAAGUGGUAUCUUAUGGGUGUCAUCAGCUGGGGACAGGGAUGCGCGCGCAAAGGAAGAUAUGGGGUGUACGCUGAUAUGAUGGAUCUCAAGUUCUGGGUGCAACAGACCAUCAACAAAGUAUAAUCAUUGAAAAUCGAUUAGAAAUGUGAACACGAAAUAUUGUUCUCCUUUGUUUUUUAUUAACUAUCGAGAAUAAAACGG